CCAUCACUAGUAUCUACCCCCGAAGCAUCGUACAUAUGGGGUAGUCAACCACAAACUAUAAACGAUCAGCCUUGCGCAAUAUGUUGACAAAACAUCAAGUAGGCCGCAUCACAACACUGCAGAAACAAACAUACCUACGUAUGUGGCUAUUCCCAGUCGGUUCUCUCAGUGUCUAGAAACAUAUUCAGACCGGUUAAAGUAUAGUAUAAGCCGAAAAGAAACACACGUAUUCCUCAAGAUGAGUUUCGAUCCGGCCUGGUUGAAUGAACCGCCUCCGAUCGUGAAGGAUACAGAAGAUCUGCUGCGAGCGUACAUUCUUGAACCGGAAAUCCCGAUACACGAGCCGAAGCCCUACUUUGAACCACGCCAUCCCUCCACAGACCAGCUAUACGACAUUCCCCACGCACCAAUCAUUACGCGCAUCGUACCGGAACGAUGCCCGGAGACGGGAAAGGUAUUAGAUUUUGUCGAAACAGCGGUACAAAAUGCGGGCUCGACUGCUAAAAACUCCAUGUCGCUCCAGCGCGAACCGACCGAAUUGCUCGAUUCGGCCCGAGGAUCUGCCUCGUACUUUCCAUUUUGGCCCGGUGGAUUCGAUGAGCCGGAAACCAUCCUCGCAAACAUAGUGCCUAGUCCGAUGUUUGACGUAAAUUUAAAAUCGUGUCCUCCCGGGUUUGCCACUGGCGUAGAGUUUGAAAAAAGCAAUGGCGACGGUGACCGAACGGAAAGUAUCGAUAACGGAGGUGUGAUCGAUCUCCUGUCGGCCAUUGGUAGUGAAGAAGAUUUUGAUCUGUUUUCGGAGAAACAGCCAAAGAAUGUGGCCACAGCAGCAUCACCCCUGCAAAGGGAGCUGCCGAAGGAUAUCGACGAGGAAAGUUUGCUCGCCGUAGACAGGGCGAAUGCCGAGGGACAGGUGUUGAAAAUUUCUAACGUCAGUAGCAACGCAGUCCAGUCGGCCGAAUGGGCCGAAAUGAUCGAUAUUUCCAAACCGGUGGAUGAUUUUUACGUCAAAAUCCCCGUGAUGGCGCACCGAUUUCCGUUCGAGCUGGAUAUCUUCCAGAAGCAAGCGAUCUUAAAACUCGAGGAGCACAACCACGUGUUCGUGGCGGCACACACAUCCGCUGGCAAAACGGUCGUGGCCGAGUAUGCGAUUGCACUGUCGAAGAAACACAUGACAAAAACGAUCUACACCUCUCCGAUCAAGGCACUGUCCAAUCAGAAGUACCGUGACUUCCGUACUACCUUCCAGGAUGUGGGUCUCAUUACCGGUGACAUACAGAUCGAUCCGACCGCUUCCUGCCUUAUCAUGACGACGGAGAUUCUACGCUCCAUGCUGUACUGUGGCAGCGACAUUACGCGUGAUCUCGAGUAUGUCAUCUUCGAUGAGGUACACUACAUUACCGAUUCCGAUCGGGGGCACGUGUGGGAGGAGGUACUAAUUCUGCUUCCCGAUCACGUGUGCAUCGUGAUGUUAAGCGCUACCGUGCCCAACACGAUCGAGUUUGCGAAUUGGGUAGGCAAGACGAAGAAGAAGCGCGUGUGGGUCGUAAGUACUGCGAAACGACCGGUUCCGCUCGAGCACUAUCUGUACACCGGGUUCGGUGGUAAAUCGAAGGACGAUUCGUUCCUGAUUGUGAACGAGCAAAGCCAGUUCCUGCAGGCAGGUUACCAGCGGGCGAAGGAAAGCUGUGAAGCGAGGCAAGCUAAAAAUGCGACUCGCCGAACCGGUCCAUACAGCCAGCGGCAGGAACAGACGCUCUGGGUCGGUUUGAUCGAUCAUCUGCAGAAGAAGGAGAAGCUUCCGGUGGUGGCAUUCACACUGUCACGCAAUCGAUGUGACAACAAUGCGGAGGCACUCAUGUCUUGCGAUCUUACGACGGCUCGCGAGAAGUACGCAGUCACAUCCUUCUUCCAGCAGUGCGUGCAGCGGCUAAUUCCACCCGAUCGUGCACUACCGCAGGUGGUGCAGAUGCAGAGCUGCCUCGAGCGAGGCAUCGGUAUCCACCACAGUGGCAUUCUGCCCAUUCUGAAGGAGAUUGUGGAGAUGCUGUUUGCCCGCGGGCUGGUAAAGAUUCUUUUUGCCACGGAAACGUUUGCGAUGGGUGUGAAUAUGCCCGCCAGAACGGUCAUAUUCGACAGUACGCGCAAGUUCGACGGGCAAUCGGUGCGGCCUCUGCAACCUUCGGAGUACACACAAAUGGCCGGCCGUGCCGGACGGCGUGGACUCGACAAAACCGGCACGGUAAUUAUCAUUUGCAAGCAAAACUUGCCCACGGAUGCGGAGCUUAAGACGAUGAUCCUCGGCAAACCGAUACGGCUGGAAUCACAGUUCCGGCUCACGUACGCCAUGAUGCUGUACCUGUUGCGCGUCGAGUUGGUUUCGGUGGAGAACAUGAUGCUGCACAGCUUCCGCGAGUUUGGCAAAAGGCUACAGAUGCCCCAAAGUAAGCUCGAGCUGAACAAAGUGCAGGAGAAGGUGUCCGCGCUAAGCAAGCUGAGCGACAAUCUGAAGCCUUUGUGUGAGUUCUACGAAACGGCCAACAGUUACAUUGAGCUGUGGAACGAACUGCUGCCCAAACAACUGUGCCAACCGAAGGCAAUAAACGACCUAAAGGUGGGCCGUGUUGUGGUGGUGACGGAUAAGCAUCAUUACAACAAGCUGGGCAUACUGUUGUGCGUCUCGCUACAAUCCCACUGUGACAUGAAACUGGUCGUGCUGGUGCUGGACCAUCAGGUGAAAACAUCCGGUUCCGGCCCGCCGGAAGCCGGCCUCGACAGAGGAACGCUUUGGCAUAGGAUGCUCUCGCUAGCGCUUCCGUACCAAACGUUCCUACCGGAAGGCGUUGGUGGACACUGCGUGCUUACGCUUGCACCUGCCAACGUGAUCGAAGUCACCAAGCAUACGAUCAAGUGUGACGCGAACAAUAUCAUCCGCAGCUGGGAAAACCGUCAGAUUCCGCGCUUUCGUGAUGCGCCACCGUCCCAGAGCACCGUCGAGGCAGUGGCUACUUUGGCCGAGCUAAAUGCGACGCUGGUACAAACCGGUUCCGCGACGGGCACGUUAGAGUGCGUACGUUUCCAGCGCGAUCUGAGCAAUCUGGAGCUGACGGAGCAGCUGAAAGUGGCCCAGGAACGGUUGAAUCAGUGGCUGCCGUACACAAACAUCGCAGAUUUCGAGCACGAAUUUGCGCUCGUGUUCGAUCGCAAGCAGCUGGAGCGAAAGCUGGACGAGCUCAAGUACCAGGCGUCGUAUGAAAGUAUGUCACUGUAUCCGGACUACUGCCGAAAGUUGCAAGUGCUCCAGGAACUGAAGUACAUUGACGACAUGCAGCAAGUGGCCAUGAAGGGACGGGUUGCCUGCGAGAUGGGACAGAACGAGCUGAUGAUUACGGAGCUGGUGAUGCGUAACAUACUGACCGAUCUGCAGCCAGCCGAAAUUGCUGCCCUGCUUUCCAGUCUCGUGUUUCAAGCCAAAACGGACGUUAAGCCAAAACUCACCGAAACACUGCUGAAGGCCGAGGCACAGUUCCGUGAGGUGGAGAACGUUAUCCGGCUAGUCGAGCGACAGUACGGUGUUACCGACGUGUCGAAAAAGGAGGAACUGAACUUCGGGCUUACCGAGGUAGUUUACGAGUGGGCCCGAAAUAAACCGUUCGCUGAAAUUAUGACGCUAACGGACAUCAAGGAGGGUAUCAUUGUCCGUUGCAUCCAGCAGCUGAAUGAAACGCUCUGCAACGUGAAGGAUGCGGCACGGAUCAUCGGUGAUCCGGUGCUGCAAAGCAAGAUGGAGGAAGCAUCGAAUGCGAUCAAGCGUGACAUCGUGUUUGCGGCCAGUUUAUACACCUCGAGCACACCGAUCGUUAUUGGGGAUGUGUAGCAGUCGCUUGACUUGCAGAGUACUGGCACCGUUUUCAGACUAUUCAGCUGCGGGUAAAUAUAAAUCAAGGAAACCCGGAACUGAGCAAGAAGAUUUGUGUUGUCAAGCCAAAGGAGCAGUGAAAUUGUUAAAUAAAAGCAGGUGCAAUAUUUUCAUGCCACACA